CGCCCCGCAGACGGACUCUCCGGGUAGCGCGCGCUCGCUUUUCCUCCGUGGGUCUAUUAUUUGCUUGGAUAAACCGUUUUUACGGUCAGAAAUAACCCACCUCGUCCCGGGUUAUGUUUCAUCGCCCACUAUUACACCCCACCCCCAACCACCCCUUGAAUAUGAGCGUCACGUGACCACGGGGGACCUUUGCGCGCGUUUCGUCUCUAGUGUUUUCUGACGCGCGUGACAGCAGUUGGUUACUCGCGCCCACAGGAGCGUGUCUGCGUGAUGCUUAUCUGCGCCGUGAAACGCGGGACAGGCGGACACUCCCCCCGCGCAGAUUAACACCUCCACCGCGCCGCGCGCCUCCAACUCUGCGCCCCGCCAUGAACGGCUACGGCUCUCCGUACCUCUACAUGGGGGCCCCGGUGUCGCAGCCGCGCGCCCCGCUGCAGCGGACCCCCAAGUGCGCGCGGUGCCGGAACCACGGCGUGCUCUCGUGGCUGAAGGGACACAAACGGUACUGCCGCUUCAAAGACUGCACGUGCGAGAAGUGCAUCCUGAUCAUCGAGCGGCAGCGCGUGAUGGCGGCGCAGGUGGCGCUGCGGCGCCAGCAGGCCAACGAGAGUCUGGAGAGCCUCAUCCCGGAGGCCCUCAGGGCCCUGCCCGCCAUCGGCCUGAGCGCGGCCGCGGAGGAGAGCCCCGGGGCGCCGCCGAGGACCGAGGAGCUCCGGUGGAGCGGCGCGGAGCCGCGCGCGGGAGCGCAGGCGUGCUCAGACCCGGCAGAGGACGGCACGGAGGAGCUGUCAGGAGCGGAGACCGGGGGCAGCUCGUGCAGUGAGAAGGAGCAGGACCCCGCCAGCUCCCCCGAAGGCUCCAAACCGAACUCCUGCUACACACCGGAGCCGUCAGACCCCCCCUCGCUCCCGGAGGACGGCCGCUGCAGCCUCCCCAGGACCGGCGAGAAGGAGGCCAAAGCCGGCAGCCCGCAGAAGCGCCCCCCCAGCCCGGAACCGAGCGUACUGAUCGAGGGCCUGGGGGGCUCCAUCAGUCUGCCCUUCAGCCUCCGCGCGAACCGCCCCCCCCUGGAGGUCCUGAAGAAGAUCUUUCCCGCCCACAAGCCGCCGGUUCUGGAGCUGAUCCUGCGGGGCUGCGGGGGGGACCUGGUAGGGGCCAUCGAGGUCCUGCUGUCCAGCCGGAGCUCUGACGGGGGCGCACACACGCACGCAGACACGCACGCAGACGCGCUGGUGCUGCCGUCGAACGGACACCUGUUCGAGCACGCGCUGGGCUCGUACCACCCUUCCCCCGCCAAAUGGUCAGUGGGCUCCGCGUUCCGGGUCCCGGACUCCCUCCGCUUCACUUCCGAGUCCGGUUCCGGCGCGCUCCCGCUGCAGCACUCCUCGUUCCCGCAGCCCACGCGCUACCCGCUGAUGCUGCGCAGCUCGCUCACGCGCGGCCAGAGCCCGUUCGUGCACAGCGACGUGGCCCUGUGGGGCCCCGUGGCCCUGCAGCAGCAGUACCAGCUGCGCCCCGCCGCGCACUACGGGGCCCCGUUCGGCCCUGCAGCCCCGGUGUUCCGCGGCUCCCCGCUGCUCCCGCCCAGACCCGCGGAGGAGCCCCGCAUCGGCGGCCCGGAGGAGGGCUGCUCCCUGCCCAAAGCCGGCCUGUUCUCCCCAGAGGAGGAGUACGAGGAGCGCUCCGACUCCGCGUGAAGAACUGCGCCUGCGCGCAAAACUUCGUCCCGUUGGAACAGUGAGAACCGAGCCGCUGCUGUGACGGUUCCGGUUCGGCUUCGGUUCGGAUCACCUGCAUGUUCAUGUGCUAAAUAAACCCGAGUGUUUGUCCGAA